GCCUUAGCUCGGCUUGGCUUUAACCCCUCCCUAUUUGUAUCGAUGAAAGUUUGUGUUACAAAGAUGGCGGAUUUCCUGCCGUCCCAGUCCUUUCUAUCCAUCUGUUUCCCUAAAUGUCUACUAAACACAGGCGAGGCAGAACAGCUGAGGAUAUCUAAAGAGAUCGACAGAUGUAUUUCGAAAGACAAAACGUACGUGAAGCGGCUGGUGAAGAUACUUUUGCUCGGCGCCGGCGAGAGCGGCAAGUCCACUUUCCUCAAGCAGAUGCGCAUCAUACACGGACAGGACUUCGACCAGCUGGCCAGAGAGGAGUUUCGAGCGACUAUCUACAGUAACGUUAUUAAAGGUAUUCGUGUUCUGGUGGACGCACGGGAAAAGCUGCAUAUUCCAUGGGGCAACGCAUCCAAUCAGACACACGGCGAGGCAGUGAUGAGCUUCGACACGCGCUCGGCUCAUUGCCUGGUGGAGCCCAAAGUGUUCCAGCGGUACCUGCCUGCCGUGCGCUCGCUCUGGGCUGACAGUGGCAUCCAGCAUGCAUACGACCGCCGCCGCGAAUUCCAGCUGGGUGAAUCGGUGAAAUAUUUCUUGGAUAACUUGGAAAAACUUGGAAUGCCGGACUAUCUGCCGAGUCAGCAGGACAUCUUACUGGCACGCAGACCCACCAAAGGCAUCCACGAGUACGACUUUGAGAUCAAGAAUGUCCCAUUCAAGAUGGUGGAUGUUGGCGGGCAGCGCUCCGAACGGCGUCGCUGGUUUGAGUGCUUCGACAGCGUCACCUCCAUCCUGUUCUUGGUAUCGUCGAGCGAGUUCGACCAGGUGCUGAUGGAGGACCGUCAGACCAACCGGCUCACAGAGUCGCUCAACAUUUUUGGCACUAUUGUCAACAACCGCGUGUUCAGCAACGUCUCUAUCAUCCUGUUCCUGAACAAGACCGACCUGCUGGAGGAAAAAGUCAAGACCGUAGCCAUCAAGGACUUCUUCCCCGAGUAUGAAGGCGAUCCACACAGCUUGGACGACGUGCAGAAGUUCCUUGUGACAUGCUUCCGAAACCAGCGCCGCGAGCAACAGAACAAGCCACUCUACCACCACUUCACCACGGCCAUCAACACUGAGAACAUUCGCCUGGUCUUCCGGGACGUCAAGGACACCAUCUUACACGACAAUCUCAAGCAGCUGAUGCUGCAGUGAUCUGAACUCGUCCCUCUGCUUCCACUGCUUGUGUCCAAGCCUGGACCACUAAACCUGACUUUGGGGGGGAUGGGUCACAGAGCAAGUCUUAAUUUGUGUGUGUGUGUGUGUGUGUGUGUGUGUGUGUGUGUGUGUGUGUGUGAGAGCAUACACACAGGUUCAGCCUCACUCAGAAGAGUAUCUGUCUGAGGAAAGAGUGAGAGCUCCUGUGGUUCUAACUGCCUUUAAAGUCACUCAACUGAACAGCAACUCUUUCUUUUGUGUGUGUGUAUGUAUGUGUGUUUUUUUUUUGUUGUUGUUUUGUUUUGUUUUUUUUAACCCUAGCCUUUUUUCUAACCUCUAUGCCUGGAUUUUGUUCUGAAGCAGGUCCUUAUUUCGAGUAAACACAGCUGAAGCACUCCACUUAGCAUCACAUCCUGAUUUUUAUUUACGCAGAAUGAUACUUUAGCAACAUUUGCUAAGCUAACUUGUGCUAUGUAUCCACGCAGCAUUGCGAUCAAAACAGUUGCCUCUCAUGUGUUUGCUCUCUUACUGUAAAGUAGCAUGCUGACUACAGAUUAUCUAGUGCACAGGAUUUGAUUGGCAGAUCGAGCUCAACUGUAGCUCCGCACUUGUGAACCCAGGGAUGAGUUACACUCUGUGAAAUCAGGACCUGCUGUGUGUGCGUGUGUGUGUGAACAUACACUGCUUUACUUCUGUGUGUGUGUGAUCUGCCUUUCUUUUACCUGGUGCCUCACUGAAAAAGGCCUUCCUGUCUAUAGUGUGUGUGAGAUAUGUGAGCAUGCUCUUGUUGCUGUUAUCCACCUUCAUUCACCUGUGUGAGCAUCUCUUGUCUGAAGAGCGUUUGUGUCCUGUCCAGGCGGCAAGUCGCUACAAGAUUAAACGACUGGGCGAGAGCAGCUAAAAGUCUUGUGCGUAACAGUCACGACAGGUGGAGAGUGUGUAUGUGAGUGUGUGUGUGUGAGCGUGGGGGUGGGGGAGGAAGAGUUCCCCAGCCUUUUCGUACUAAACCCAUGCAACUGUACUAACGUUUUAAUAGGAAGCCGUGUUUCUGAGCCUCUGCCUUUAAUUGGCUGUAGUUCCUAAUCAGUGGUGUUUUUCUUUUAAAAAAUUUUUAUGCGGCUGUUUUUAUAUAUUGAUAUUUGUUCUAUUUAGCUGUAAGUUAUAUUUUAAAAGUUUACACUUUUCACCACCACUGAUAAAGUCCACUUCCUGGGCAUGUGCUUUUUUUUUUUUUUUUUUUUUUUGUUUUUUUUUUUCCCCCUCAUUUACGAUAUCACAAUAUUCAGUGUCUCUUUUUUUUUUCGUUCCUUUUUUUCCUGAAUGUUUUCAAACGUAUCUGGUAAUGAGAGGUUUCUUAACAUUAGCUAGCUUAAUAAAAAAAUAAAAAAUAAAUAAAAUAAAGACUUGAUUGGUUUUAAUUAUCUGAAAAUAAUAGCUAGUCUAAAUCCGGCCGUUGGCAAACUUCUUUAAAUCAUCACUGUAAUUUUCUCCAUAACAAUACUGAUUUAAAGCUUACGGUUUAAAUGGUAAUCUGAGAGUGGAGCUCGGUUACAUGUAUGAAUGUGUCAUUAGACCACUCAAACUGUAGAAAGUGAUGCAGUGCGUGAGACACGAAACUCAGGGCUAAAUAAUGUUAACCACUUGUGUGCAUGGAGACAAAAUGAGCUGCGUGUGUGUGCUUUUUUUUUUUCUUUAACUUGUGGAUACAUUAAUGUUUUUUAUCUGACACUAUGGCUGGAUGCUGCGCUAAAAUUUUGCAAUUAGGUUAACAGGUAAAAUGAUAGAUGGAAUAUCUAAUCCGCUCCUAGUUAUUGUAAGAACACCGUAGAAGUCAGUGUUGCUAACAUUUUGCUUACUUGUUGUUGUAUUGUGAUACGGCUACUGUCUCAUCAUCGAUGUCGUGCUGUCAAAUCGUCAUUCCAGAAUGUCAAUUUUUUUGUUGUUUUUUUUUUAGAUGUGACUAACUUGAUGCUUCCAAUAAUCAGGCUAUUGAUUUAUUCCCAAGUGCCAUGAUUGAAAGGUACCACUUAUUAAAACAGUGUUUGUUCAAAAUUAUUGUUUUUGGAGAAACUCCUGCCUUCUAAAGCCAACAGAGCUCUGGCUCACGGCCAAUUCAUCAUCAUCAUCAUCAUCAAUCUGAUGUCAUAUUCCGAUGCCACACGUGUGCUAUGUGGCUCAGUCAGGUUCUAUGUGUGAUGUAUGUGUCUGUGAGCACAGAGAUGCCAUGGCUUAGCUUGAUCAUAUGACAUCAUGACAACUGAUGAUUUCACACCCUGCUGAAGAUUUCCAACUAUCACAGUCACGUUUCUGAUUUUGUCUAGAUGUGGAUUCGAUCCGACUUCGUCUUCCUCGCUCAAUGCCACUGUAUCUCUUACCGAUAUCUCUCAUUGGUUGCUUUUUCUCCUCGGGGAACGUUGAACCAGUUGAUUUUGGUUCAUCACCCUGGCGAGACGAGGCAGAGUGUUAUCCUUCAGUGUGCUUUAGUCCCUUUUAACGGCUGAAACGAAAUCAUUUAAAACGUCACUAAACUCAGCUCAGGAAUGUGGCAUUAUUUACAUUCCUAUAAAAAGAUAAUUGUCUUGUACAAAGCAUGUGGUGUCAAGGUAUGGACCUUUUUUUUUUUUAAAUUAUUUUAUUUUUUGGAAAACCAUAACCAUUUCCUGGUUAAAUUUGUCUCCACUUGAUUUUCAUCUUGUGUAGGGCUGGAUGAGGUUGCUCACUUUUUACACUGUUGCUACUGUUCCUCAGCGAUUCUCUCAGAUGUUUAUCUGGGUGAGAGAGAACCAGAACCCUGAAAGACAGGUUUCACCUUCCCUCUGAGGUCAGCAUCAUAUAAAAAGACCACAAAGGCUCAGUGGCAAACAUCCUCAUAGCAUUCCUCAUGUCAAUUUUCUUAGAUGAUCAUAUGUCACACUAGUAUGACGGUUACACCAGUGUCUUCACACCUCGAUUAAGAGAAAUGAAGCUGACUGCUCCAGCAUCGGCAUCCUCAUUCUCCUUUUCCUGUUUCCGAUAUCAUUACCCCGCCCCCCACCCCCCACAUUUUUCAUGUGGAGACUAACAGAUGCUGGCAAACGAAAUCUAGAUGCUUGGAUGUGGUGAAAAGAUACAUGAAGUAUCAAGAGCAAGCAUGUGCCACAAUGUUCAUGGUGCAAUAAUCUGCAUCCACUUGCUGCCAAUAAUACAUUUUCGUAUUAAACACUUUGUCACGUUUUAUGAUGUCUCACAAUUGUAUUAGAGAAAAAUGGCUUAAGGAUUAGGUCUUUUUGUGACGUUGCCAAAAAAAAAGGAAUGUGAUGGUCGGCACACGUCUAGAAGAGAGGCUCGGGUUUAAAUUCGUUUUGGAAAGUAAGUUUGCUGCUAACUAAACACGCUUCUGCUGUUUUCGUGUUAGUUAUCUGUGAAACACUUAUCAUUCUGAAGCGUGCGAGUGUGUGAAAUUUCAGCUUCUUGAGGAACAGAUAAUGUUGAACCCAUCAUAAUGCAUUUGGUGCAUGCACAAGCCUUAGCUAGUGGCUGUGUUGAUAUGAUAUUGGUCAUGGCAGUGGGUCUAGAGGCUAGCGCUGUAUUCAACACACAGACGCACUACUGUAAUUCACCUGUAUCUCUGUGCCUGUGUGUGUGUUCAGGUGUUUUUCCACUGAGGUCUUAACAUCACAGUUAUUAUGCAAAUGUGCAGCGUGCGAAUAUCUUCUCAACGAAAUGGGUUGUUGUUUUUGUAUGGAAAGGACUAAUCAAAAAUGUUUCCUGGAAAAAACCAGGAUGUUGAUUAUGUAGAAUUCAUGCAACCUGCACAAAAGACUAAAUCUAAUUUAGUGCCUUCUUUUCUUUUCUUUUUUUUUUUGUAAUUUUGUAUGUAGAUGUUUUAAACGUUCUAUUUCCUGACUUCGUAUGUUGCUGUAAUCUUACUAAACAAGUUCCCAACUGCAGAACAGUGACUUUGUGAUCCAUGUACAGUUUUAAUAAUCUCUGCUUCCUCACUCCUUUUCUGCCUGUCAAUAAACUACGUCCCAUCAUCAGUUA